GACUCCGAAACGCUAGAUGGCGCCAAUUAUCGAGAGUUUUCCCUAGUUUCGCGUUUCCGCCUAAUGUUUCCGAUUUGCUUUGGCUCGAGCAGUCCAAAAAUGCCUCUCCAGUAUGUAGUUGGCCACGAGAAACAAAACGUUUGAGGUCCACUAAAACUGGCAGAGGCGUUGCGUCACGCCUAAUAAAAAAUGGCAGCAGUGGUGGGAGUGAGGGCUCUCCUAAGUCUCCAUCGAUUAGGGAUGUGGCUCAUUCCAGUUCAGUCGACAUCAACCUGCCUUUCCAGGAAGCUUUGCAAUGAUCCUACAAGAAGUAAUGAGCAAAAUCCGGUGGUGGCCCCAGAGAAUAAAUCUCUGCUGGAGAAUCUGAAUCUCUUGGGAGUUGAUGUGAAGAUGGCACGCCAGCGUCAGCCCGGGGUGCUUCGUAAAGCCUCCACUAAUGAGCGAGGUCUCGCUCAGUUUCUGCAAGGUAAAGGUGCCCACUGCAAAAUAAUCGCUGGCAUUAUAUCCCGUUAUCCCCGCGCUAUCACCCGCUCGAUUGAACACUUGUCACAGCGCUGGAAUCUGUGGAGAAACAUCUUCAAGACUGAUGAAGAAAUUUUGAGCAUCCUGCAUCGCUCACCUGAGUCUUUCUUCCGGUCAAGUGACAAUGGGAACUUGGAGAAGAACAUAGCUUUUCUGACCUCGCUAGGACUGAACAACAAAGAUCUCCUUCGCCUGCUGACCACAGCGCCGCGGACAUUCUCCAACAGUUUAGAACUGAACAAGCGAAUGGUGAAUUGUCUGGAAGACAUCUGUGUCGAACUCGGUGGGAAGAAUCCCGAGCAGUUUCCUAGAGCUGUCAUAUCUAGAAACCUUUACAUUCUCAUUCGAAGCACAAAGAGAGUUGAGACAAAUGUUGAUAACCUGAGAGAUUUUCUUAUGUUGAGCAAUUCAGAACUGCUUGCUUUUCUUCAUGGCCCUGGAGCAGAAAUAUUGGACCUUUCUAACGAAUUUCUGAAAACAAAUUUCUACAGUCUCCAACAGAAGAUGGUUUUACUUGGCUGUCAGAAAACCGACAUAAAAAAGCUAAUCAUCAGCUACCCAUUGGUUUUGUACAUUGGGAGGGAAACGCUGAGCACUAAACUGGACUGUCUCUUAGAAGGAGGAAUAACAAUGAAGCAGAUACUGGAAAAGCCCAAGGUUUUAGACUACAGUACACAGAACAUUACAAGGCGACUCGAGGAGCUGCAGAGAGUGGGGUUUGACUUGCAGCUGAAUGGCAUCAACAUCCUGGACUCUAGCCAAAAGCGGUUUGUUAGAAGGAUAGAGAAACUUGAUGCCCCCUGAGGACUGAAUGUAAUUGUCUUUGUUAUGAUGUUGCAUCAUGUUGAAUGCUGCUUUUUACUUGAACUUGGCUUCACAAACGUGUUCUUGUUCACGUACUUACUAGAAUAAGAUUUCUCACUUCUGGGAUGUCUCUUUAGAAAUAACAAUAAUAAACUAUUAUUUCAUUAUUGUUUAAUCUGCAGAAUAUAUUUUUUUCUAAAAUAAUGAGAUUUCAUUUCCUAUACCCAAGGUGAGUCUGGAGUACAGUAUGAUGUUUAAUUGUUUUUGUUUUGUCCAACCAAUGAUCCAAAAACACAAGUCUAUUAAAUGUUCUAUCACAUAAGGCAACAAAAGCAGCAAUUCCUUACAAAUGAGAGGCUUGCUGCUUAAUUUUCUGUCAAUAGACUAAUCUUUUCAUCUCUAAUAGCUGUUAAUCUAUUGACAUGAAUGGUAUUUUUGUAGCACUGACCUGCUAAAAAGUCCAUUCCCCUUCAUAUGCACUUGGUCAAGAUGUAUAAAUUACAUGUUGGAGAGCUGCUCUUGGAAUUCAUGUUAGGAUGCAAUCUUCAAAUAAAAGUGAUCAAAAAAAUG